AUACUGUGACCAAGUGACCAAAUUCAAAAUCAUGUUUAUUUUUAGAGGUUAUAUCACAUUGCAGCUAAAUAAGUUUUAGAAUGUAAUAAUUUUUUUUUAAUUCAAUUGCUUAUUAAUUAUGAAGAGGAUUGCUAUCAAGUAUUUCAAUAACAAGACUAUAAAUAGAAAUAUAUCUAGUCAGAGCAAGUGGAAAGGAGUUGUUGGUUUGGAAAUUCAUGCUCAAAUUAACACUUCUUCUAAAUUGUUCUCUGGUGCCUCAACAUCUUUUGUUGGACACGUUAACAACCACGUAUCGCUAUUUGAUGCUUCAAUUCCAGGAACAUUACCGGUUCUCAAUAAACGGUGUGUUGAGUACGGAAUUCUGACUUCUCUUGCUUUAAAUUGCAGAAUAAACCCAGUCUCACUCUUUGAUCGAAAACAUUAUUUCUAUGCUGAUCUACCAGCAGGGUACCAGAUUACACAACAAAGAAAGCCGUUAGCGAGGAAUGGGAUUUUCCAUUUCGAGGUAUUCAAAAGUGGAAAUAAUCCUCCACUUGAACGAUGCUCCAGGAUUCAUCAGAUACAGUUGGAGCAGGACAGUGGAAAAUCGAUACAUGAUGAACAGAGACAAAGGAGUCUGGUUGACUUGAACAGAGCUGGCAUUCCAUUGAUGGAAAUAGUAUUCGAGCCAGAUCUUUCGAAUGGAGAGGAGGCGGCUGCUCUCGUUCAGGAAUUAAUGCUUGUUCUCACUCUGCUGGGGACUUGUAAUUGCAAAAUGGAAGAAGGUAGUCUUCGCGUUGAUGCCAAUGUAUCAGUGCACAAACCUGACACACCACUAGGUACAAGAAGUGAAAUAAAAAACAUUGGCAGCAUCAGAGCAGUGGCAAAGGCUAUCGACUUUGAAAUCGAUCGACAAAUUUCAGUGUUAGAAAGUGGGAAAACUGUUGCUAAUGAGACACGAUCUUGGAAUGCUGAAACUAACAGUACUGUACCAAUGCGAGACAAAGAAAUGAAACAGGAUUAUCGUUUUAUGCCUGAGCCGAAUCUUCCACCUCUUCAUAUUGAACUUACAAAAGAAGAAAGCUCUUCCAAUAGCAUCGUAUCCGCUCCAAGGUUGAAGAAAACUCUGCCUGAACUACCAGCUGAGAUGAGAAUACGCCUAAGGAGUUACAAGUUGACUGCUCAGGAUGUUUUCACUUUGGUGAAUGUUAGCAGUUUGCGAUUGCUGUUUGAGAGGAUGAUGACCAGGAAACCAAGUCGCAGUGCCACCAAAGUUGCGCAUCUAAUAACUGUCGAAUUACUUGCCUUCAUCAAUCGUGAAGAAAUCACAUUGGAUCAAUGUGAUGACAAGCUAGCUGACAGGCUUGGAGAAAUCAUAGACCUGUUGCAAGAGAGAAAAAUAAACCUUGUCUAUGCCAGAAAUUUGAUACAAGAAAUAAUCGACGGGAAUGAGUCUAAUCCUAUUCAGAUCGUUGAAAAUAAUAACUGGUAUCAGAUUGUGGAUGAGACGGAAUUGAAGAAAAUUUGUGUGGACUGCAUUGAAAACAAUUCUGAUAUUAUCAUCAAAUUGCGGAAGAAGAAAAAUGAAAAAACAAAAGAUAGACUAGUACAAAAUCUGAUGGAUAAUAUCUUUAAGCUUACAGAAGGUAAAGCUGAUCUCAAGAAAACCAAAGUUAUUCUUAAAGAAGUAUUGAGUCAACUUUAGUUGCCAACAAUUAAUUGAUAAUGUUUCAUGAGUCAAAAUGGUGGGAUGAAAGCUUCUCUCUCGAACAUUAGGUACUCAGUAUUUGAAUGUAGAACUUUUUGCAAUAGAUUCCAGUGAGACACUUCUUUCUAAACCUAUAAUGGGAUCUAUGAUUUAUUAUUUGUUUGCUUUUUGUCAGAGCUGAAGCAUAAAGAAGACUCACUAGUACUAGAAAUUAAUUCGUAUCAUGUAUAUUAUUUAAUAUUAUAAUACAAAAUACACUGAUAGUUCUCUGAGUUGAGUCCUGGAUCAUUGAAUGAUAAUUUUCAUAGAAAACUCUAGAAGAUUGAGAUAGAAAAUGUACAUACCUAAUACUCAUCAAACUAAACUUGACUAUAAAACCUCUUAUUUGAAUUUUAAAAACACUAAUGAAGUGAAAAUGCACUUUUUAUUGGUAUGACGAUCGUUUCGACCUGGUGGGGUUAUCAUCAGACUGCCAGACGGACAACAGACGGACAGUCUGAUGAUAACCCACACCAGGUCGAAACGAUCGUCACUACCAAUAGUAAGUGCAUUUUCACUUCAUAAGAGUUUUUAAAAUUCAAGUUUUAUUUCAUUAUAGUGAAAAAGUAUGGAUAUGCAACAGAGAGACCUCUUAUUACUUACAAUGAUCGCUCCAAUUUAUUGCCCAGAAUCUCUGCUCCUGAACCCAUGGUGAACGAUAGAUUUAUACAAAGUUGUUCAAAAAUUUACUAAAUUAAUGCGAUAGUUAUGUUUCGGUUAUUAGUAUUGAGAAGUGUUGAGAUUUUCAUAUUAUAAUUCACUUGGGACAGGAAUAGAUCUAUUUAUUUAAAUCAAUAACCUAAUUAAUUGUUUCCAGAUAACUUAAUUUCACCAAUUAAAAUUUAAUGAGAAACAGGA